GAGAGAUUCCUCCCCCCUCCUCCCCCUCUGCCUUUCUUUUUCUCUGCCCCUUUCCCUCCCCCCCCCUUUCUCUCUACCUCCCUCUCUGUGUCCAGUAUGCCGCCAAGGAGCAAGCCAGCCGCCCGCGGCGGGAAGAAGGCCAAGAGCGAGCGCCCGGACUCCGUGGUCCUAGAUCUCGACGCGCGUCUCGAGUACCUAACCGGCUUCCGGAAGCGCAAGCUGGAGCGUCAGCAAAAGGCCAAGCGCGAGCUGCAGGCCAUGCAGAAGGAGGCCCGCAAGGAGUUCCGUACCAAGAAACGCACCGAAAAUGAGCAUGUCAUCUCCGAGUGGAAGGCCCGGCGUGGCCUGGCGCAUGUGGGCAACAGCGAGCUGAUCAAUGCCCUGCUGCCGAGCUUCGGCGGCGACGUCGCUCUGGCAAAGAGCCGCGAGCAGAAGCACAUUGAUCGCCUGGCUGCCGAGAAGCGCAACCAGGCCCGCGAGGCCGAGGGGUCGGAUGCCGAGAAGUCGGAUGCCGAGGAUUCGAAUGCCGAGGAUUCGGAUGCCGCCGGCUCGGACAGCGACACCGAGGCGGACAACCUCCUGCAGCGUGACAAAUACUCGGUCAACGACUCGGUCAGCAUCAUUACCUCGAUCACCGAGUUUGAGGAUGAGAGCUUCGGCUCGCGCCUGCAGUCGCUCAUGGGCGGUCGCCCGGGCAAUGACAGCAGCGCCUCGGAUGGCGAGUUCUCCGACGGCGAGGAGGGUGACGCCCACACCGCCGACGGGACGUCGGCCGAGGACGCGCAUGCCCCUGUCGGCAAGAAUCCCGCCAUGUCGGUUGACGACCUGAAGCAGCGCGCCAAAUUCCUCUCCAACAAGCUCUCCCGCUUGUCAAGUGGGGCCAAGCGCAAGUCCGGCUCGGGCGGCCGCAAGCGCGGCGGCGGCGGCGGCGGUGGCGGCGGCGGUGGUGGCCGCUCUGCCGGGAAAGCACGCGCCCGCUCUGGUGGCCGUCGCUAA